AUGACAACCAAACUGUUUCUCUUUUUCAUAUUGCUCUCUCAAGCAACUUCUUCUUUCUCAGAAAUGACAUGCAAACCAGAAGACAAAAGAAUCCUUCUCCAAAUCAAGAAAGAACUCAACAACCCAACCCUUCUCUCAUCGUGGAAACCACACACUGAUUGCUGCCACUCUAAUUGGUACGGUGUCGUUUGCUUCCCCAUUAGUAACAUUAUCUGGUCCUUGAGUCUCUCAACCAACAAUGACCUUACCUCUCAAAUUCCACCUUCCCUUGGUAACCUAACAAAAUUGGAAACCCUCAGUUUCUUCCAAUUACCAAACCUCAGUGGUCCAAUUCCUAACUCAUUAUCAAAACUCACCAAACUCAAAUUCCUCACAUUCAGCAAAACAAGCAUAUCAGGUCCAAUACCCGAUUUCGUGACCAAACUGAAAAACCUUGUUACCUUGGAUCUAUCAUUCAACAACCUUUCUGGUACACUCCCUCACUCUCUUUACAAGUUACCUAAUCUCUCAGGAAUCCUCUUUAUGAACAACAAGCUCACAGGUCCAAUCCCUUAUUCUUAUGGUUACUUCAAUAACACGAAUUUACCAAGUUUGUUUCUCUCUAAUAACAAACUCUCGGGGACACUCCCUUUGUCUUUGGCAAGGCUGAACUCGUCGCUUAUCGACUUUUCUCAUAACAGGUUUGAAGGUGAUGCUUCCAUGCUUUUUGGUUCAACCAAAGCGACAGUGUUGAUAGACCUUUCUUGGAACAAGUUUGCUUUUGAUAUGGGAAAAUUGGAGUUGACUAAGACACUAGAUACGUUGGAUGUGAGUCACAAUCAGAUAUAUGGGAACCUUCCUAUGGGAAUGGAAAAUAUAUUGAGUUUGAAUGUGAGCUACAAUAGGCUUUGUGGUGAGAUUCCAAAGGGUGGCAAAUUGCAGAGCUUUGAUGUGGAUACUUAUUUUCAUAACAAGUGUUUGUGUGGGUCUCCACUUCCAAGCUGCAAGUGA